AUGGCGGAACAGGGUGGCGGCGACGUGGUCGUCGCGAGCAGGGCGAAGCCGCCGAGAGGUGACGCUGGAGCUGGAGGACCCACGGUGGUGGCGCGCCGGGAGGAGGAGGCGGCGAAGGAGAAGCCGCCUAGCGGCGGUGAUGAGGCGGGGACGGGCGGGUCUCAGCCGCGACAGGCGGUGCACCGGGGAGCUCGGCCAUGCCGCGCACCCGCGCCGUGGAGCAGUGAGAUUUGA